AUGACCGAAUUCGUGAUCGAAGACAGAGAUCUUUCUAGCCUCCAGGGCAAAGUGGUUAUUGUCACUGGGGGAUCAUCGGGAAUCGGUCUCGCAACGGUGGCCACGCUUCUCUCGCAUGGUGCCUCUGUCGUCAAUGCCGACAUCAACCCGCCAGCCGAGCAACCGGGAAGCUCUUGCUCGUUCGUCAAGACCGACGUGACUGUUUGGGCCGAACAGGUUGCGCUAUUCAACAAGGCAAAGAAGACCCACGGCCGUAUCGACCACGUCUUUGCCAACGCUGGCGUGGGCCCCAGCGCCAACUACCUCUCGACGGAAGUUGACGAUAACGGAGAUCUAAUCGAGCCUACCCAUGCCCUCUUGGACGUUAGCUUGAAGGGGGUCAUGCACACUGCCACGCUCGCUAUAUAUCACAUGCGGCAGCAAGCGGGGGGCGGUAGUAUCGUCAUCAACGGUUCGACAACAGGUUUACAGCGCCUCCGUGCCGUGGACUACGCUACCGCAAAACAUGCCGUGCUUGGGUUCGGUCGAGGUCUCGUACCGCUUCUCGAAUCGGUCAAAAUACCGAUUCGCGUUAACAUCCUGGCUCCGACUUGGGCGGACAGUAACGUGCUCCCGGACUUGAAAGGCUUGAUGAAGAAGGUGGGCGUUGAAGUCCAGUCCGCGGAGGCUGUAGCGCGAGGCGCAGCCUUGCUGAUGGCUGAUAACUCGCGCAACGGGCAUGUGAUUCAUGUCCAGCUUGGAAAGUACAAGGAGAUUGACGAAUCUGUGCUUCUACCCGCGUUCGAGUCCAUCAGGGGGCCUGAUUACCCGAACGAAGACGAGGUUCUACGACGUAUCCAAAAUCUCCUGACUCCCAGCUAG